UAUUUUCAAUUUAAGGAAAUUUGAUAAAACUUUUUUUAAUCACACGGUGUAAAUAAACAAAGUAAAUAUUUAAUUUAUACAGAAAGAAAAAUGUUUGCAUAAUUUUCCGUCGCUGUGCCAAUUCCUCGAAAUCGGAAAAUUUCAAGUGCCUUUUCAAAAAAUCGAAGAAAAUAAACAAAGACAAACAAAAGCAACGUCAAAUUACGUGAAAUACUUUUCAUCCAUUUAUAAAAUGGAAACAUCUUCAUUCGAUGAUCAAAUAUUUAACGAUUUUUCUGGUCCAUUAAGUCCGCUCGGUGCAAAGCAAAUAACACAAGGUGGUCAUAGUAUUCAUGUGAUGCUCGGUAUAAAUGCAAAUGGAUCAUCUGAUAUGUGCAAUCAGCGAUUGCCCGAAGUGCAAAGUCUUUUGCCCGGCUCGCCAAAGUUAACGCAUUAUAAAACGCUCGAUUACAUGGGCAAUAAAAUUGAUUACAAUGCAAAAGUGUCAUCGUAUUCACCGACACCACCGCCAAAAUAUGACUAUGUCAACGGUAAAAUGGAUCCAUAUUCACCAAAUCACAUGAAUAAAAUUGAAUACGCAAAAACCAUGGAUUACAAUUUAAAUGCGAAAAUGGAUUAUGGAAGUGGAAAAUUGGAAUACGAUCCGCAUAUGCAAAUGUAUCAACAGUCACCUGUAUCCGCACAGCAGCAACAACAUCCACCGCCGCCAACUUCAACGCAUCACAUUUCGACGUCGCAGCCGCUCGCAUCGCCGUCGAUGAACGAUAAAAAGAAAUCCGACGGCCAAUGCGAUCAAUCAGACAACCAAUCAGUAAGCCAAUCCGAUGCAUCGAGCACAUCAAAAAAGAACGAUAAAAAGAAAGGCGAUAUCAAUGGCGUUAAAAAGAAGAAAACAAGAACAACGUUUACAGCCUUUCAGUUGGAGGAACUGGAACGUGCGUUUGAACGUGCACCAUAUCCCGAUGUUUUUGCACGCGAAGAGCUCGCACUCAAACUCCAUUUGAGUGAAUCACGUGUUCAAGUUUGGUUUCAGAAUCGUCGCGCAAAAUGGCGUAAGCGUGAACCACCCCGUAAAAAUGGAUACAUAAAUACGAAUAGUCCGUCGACGCUCGGUACACCAUUGGGCCCACCAUUUGCUCCAUUUCAACAAAAUGCAACAGUCACCCCACCGGGCAGCGUGGAUAGUUGGACUAGCUAUCAAUCACCAUACGAAUUGAGUCCACAUUUCAGCCUAUUGUCGCCAACAGCCAGCCCAUAUGGCUCAUUUUCUGGACAAUACGGUACUGCUUAUGUGCACGAAAAUCAAUUGUAUCCCGUGCGCCAACACUAUGACUAUGGUAGUCCACCGCGUGUCGCCGGAGAAAUUGACGAUAAAACCGACCAUUACACAACCGCUAUGGAUGAUAAAUAUGACAAUCCAUGCACCGAAACAAUGUCGAAUGGAAAAUACAUGGACGAGAUAAAGUACAGUAAUAUGCAUAAUGUUGAAUCGAAAUACACAAAUUGUCACAUUGAUGAUCAUUCGAUAAAAACAUUACCACCGCCGCCACCACCAUCAGCACAGCAGUAUGCAACGACAACAACGAGCAAUUUAACCACAGUUGGCGGCUGUCAUGCGGACGAUGUUACCGACAAUAAUAUGACUACUAUCAUUAAAUCUGAAGAUGGUAACGUUGCACAGCACAGCUACGUUUUGCCUCCUUUUUUACAUUAAAACGAUAACUGAACUCGGAACAACGCGGCAUCAUCAAUGUGCCAUAAUGUAUAAAGUAUAUUCGUAUGAGAAAACGAGUAAGGAAUCAAAUCGGGCACAAAUACACCACACCAUCCACAUUACUCUCGCUCCAAUAAACGGAUGAGCGAUGAACUAUAGAGUCUCUUCUUUUUAUCGAAUACUAAUGGAAGAUGCCAUUCAGUUCAGUUUAAGUUAGUUUAGAUAGUAGAAAAUCAACAACUUUCAUUUUAUUCCAUAUGAAGUUUUCUUUAAAGUUUUUUUGAUUUUUAUUCUUGUGCGUGAACAUAGCAUUUUACAUGUGUCCGUUAGUGUUAGUUGUUUCGGCAUUGUUAUAGGUGAUCGAACUGAGUCGAUUAUCAUACUGACUGCUGAGAAAUUAGUAGGCUCAGUGUGGUUGGUCUGUAAUUUUAAGUUUUUUUUUUUUGUUUACAACGAAAUCCAAAGACGUCUUGCCAAAAUAGUAUUCUAUGUGAGUUUAGUAUCAUUCAUUGUAUCGGUAUUGUUUUCAAUUUGUUUAGAAUUAAGCUCUUUUUAUUCGAUAGCCUACCUAUGUGUAUUAAUCUAUUCAAAUGCAUUCCGAAUGUGCCUUCUUUUUACAUCAAUAAGAUUUAUUGACUAAGCAUUUUAGUUUAGUUUCUUUUUUUGUUUGUUGACAGUUCCAAGGAGUAAUUUAAAAGCAAAAAAAUUACAAAAAACAACAAUAACAACAAACCUUAGAUAUAAGUGAAUCGAAUUCUAAAUUUAAGUUUUGUACAUUUGAAGAGCAUUUAUGCUUAGAUGAUUUUGAGAGCAUUUGGUGCAAUUUUGAAUUUUUCUAGGACAAAUCAGAUCAACGAAUUCAUGUAAAUAGAU